AUGUCAUUUGUUAAAACUUAUAAAAACACGUUUUUUGUGGAUGUGUUAGAAUAUUUCAAUAUUGUUACAAUCGAAGAAAAUCUACCUCAAUUAUACCAUGCUGAUGAAGUUACUUCAGAAGAUGUAGAGACUCAAGAAGUAAAUAAAAUUAAUAAAAACGACUCCGAUAUUGAUUCAGAGAAACAAACUAAUUCUAUGUCUGACGAAAACAGUGAGAGUCAGAAAUUUGACCCAUUUCUAGUAAAUUGGAAUGGACCUGAUGAUCCAGAUUUGCCACUAAAUUGGUCUAUUCCUAAGAAGGCCUUUAUAAUCUUUGAAAUUAUGCUUUUGACUUGUAUAACUUACAUGGGUUCGUCAAUAUAUACACCCGGUCAAGAAGAGAUUCAAGAAGAGUUCAAAGUAGGUCAUGUCACUGCUACUUUGAAUUUGUCUUUAUACGUGUUGGGCUAUGGGUUGGGUCCAGUUAUCUUUUCUCCAUUAAGUGAAAUUGCCAAAAUUGGUAGACAACAAAUAUAUAUUAUUACUCUUUUUUUCUUUACUAUUUUCCAAAUUGGCUGUGCUACUGUCCAUAAUAUUGGCGGUCUUAUUGUGAUGAGAUUCAUUACUGGUAUUUUAUGUUCUCCAUCUUUAGCUACUGGUGGUGCUUCCAUUUCUGAUUUAGUGUCUCAAGAAAUAUUACCUGCUUUGUUAGGACUUUGGGCCAUUGGUGCUGUUGCUGCUCCUGUUAUUGCACCUUUACUUGGUGCAGCUAUGACUGUGGCUAAAGGUUGGAGAUGGAUUUUUUGGUUAUUAUUAUGGAUUUGUGCUGCUUCUUUGAUCUUAUUCCUAUUUUUCUUCCCUGAGACAUCCCAUGCUAACAUCUUAGCCCGUCGUGCUGCUAGAUUAAGAAAGCAAACUGGUGACAACAGAUUUUACACUGCUCAAGAAAAGAUAGAUGCUGAAAUCAAGCCAAAGGAAUUUAUUAUUAAGACUUUAUAUAGACCAGUUAAAAUGAUUAUUCAAGAACCAAUUGUUCUUGCCUUUGACAUCUACAUUUCUCUAUGUUACGGUGCCUUUUACUUAUUCUUUGAGGCUUUCCCAAUUGUUUUUAUUGGUAUUUACCAUUUCACUUUAGUGGAACUGGGUUUAGCUUAUAUGGGUUUCGCAGUUGGGUGUGUGUUUGCCUAUAGUGGUUUACUAUUUUUCUUAAUGAAAGUGAUUGUUCCAAAAUUUAAGAAUAAUACAUUCACCCCAGAAGCAUUUUUGAUUUUGGCUAUGUGUGCAAGUUGGUGCUUACCAUUAGCACUUUUCUUAUUUGGUUGGGCUGCUGGUACUCAUUGGAUUGUUCCAAUUAUUGCUGAGCUUUUUUUCGUUCUUGCUGUUUUCAACUUAUUCCAAGCUACUUUUGCCUACUUAUCGAUUUCAUAUCCAAAAUAUGUGGCUUCGGUGUUUGCUGGUAAUGGUUUAUGUCGUUCCGCUUUCGCUUGUGCAUUUCCAUUGUUUGGAACUGCCAUGUACAACAAUUUAGCUAUUGAUGGGUACCCAGUUGGUUGGGGGUCCUCUUUAGUUGGAUUUUUCACUAUUGCAUUGGCAUUAAUUCCAUUUGUUUUAUAUAAGUAUGGUGCCACAUUACGUGCCAGAUCCAAGUUCACAGAUUAA